CAGACAGUAACAGUGAGGACGACUACUGUGUACUAUGGGCCUCGCAACGUUUUCGGUCCUGAAACCUCUUCUACUUCCUCUUCUACCUCCUCAACGACGACUACCACUACUUCUUCGACCACGACCAUUAAGGCUCUUGGUUUGCUUUAGUUUUUUUAGUACUGUUAAGCUUAAUGUCAAGAAAUUUGUAAGUUUCACUGAUAUGAAGAAUGUACGGAAGUCCAUCUACCUCUAAGACACGACCGACAACGACGACUACGACAAC